AUGGGUCAGACAGGUAUGCAAUCGAUCACGUCUGGAAGCUCCGAGGUUUCAGGCGCAAGCUCAAGCAGAGGCAUGCCACCGGGAGUCAGGCUGGAGGAUUUCGAGGUCCGAAAUGUGCUCUUCACCGAGAAGGCGAUCCUGGCCUGCCCGCUGCCAGCAAAGGCUUGGAUCGAGCUUGGUCGGUGGAAUCCCCUUUCCUUAGCGCUACUGGCUCCAGCCUGGUCCUACCACAUCUCAGGCAGCGCAGACCAUUGGUGGUUCGUUGCCAGGAGUGCCGACCGCAUGUACUACUAUGCUGCGCAGUUCUGUGUGGACCACGCGGGCAAGAACCAUGUCACAGGCCUCACGUACCUUGGCAUGUGGGCUGCCAUUGCCUUCGGUCUUCAGUAUCCGGAGGCAAAAUGGUGGUUUGCUCGAGACUGGGUGCCCUGCAAGCACAUUCGCAAGAAGCGGGAUCUUGACAGGCUGUUGCUUGGAAAUCCAUCGGCGUCAUAUCCAUACUCCUGGAUAGACAACAACUGUCAGCACUUCGCCAUGAACCUCUACGUGUCGAGCUGA